UUAAGUUGCUGGUAUUUUUAUUAUAUAUAUAGCAAAAUAUUAUGAUUUUAUUUGUGUUUAUUUGUUCAUUUAUUCAGAGGUUGUUCCCAAGAAAAUUCUAAAGAUUAUGAAUGUCCCAAACUUGACCAGGGAAAAUGUAGCUAGCCACUUACAGAAAUAUCGCAAAUUUCUGCGUGAUGUCAAUGAGAAAGGAAUGAUCGGAGGAAUAUCACAAAGAGCAUUAAGAUCUAGGUUUGCAUCAAGUCUUCCCAUGUCAUUAAUAAAGACUAUGCAAGAAAAAAGAGCAAACAAGUUUCACACCCCAACUUUUGAAAAUUUGCAAACAUUAUCAUAUCAAACCGAAAAUCAAAACAAUUAUUUUAACCUUUUCAAUAGAUUUCCAUCGCGCCAAAUUAAUAAUUUCCCUUAUGUACAAAAAGCCCCAAAUCUUCAAUAUUUGAAUCAAUUUAGUCUUGAAAAAUCAAAUUUGGAACCUAAUAUUGGUUCGAACAAUAGUAUCUAUGACCAAAAUCCAAUUGGAAUAAACUCUUCGAAUAGUUCAUUUUUUCCGGUAAAGAAUCUAUUAUAUGAUGGCGGCUCUAGUUCUAGUAGCUUUUCAUCAUCUGGAGGUGGACAAGGAUGGACUACUUCUUCAACAACUUCAUCUUCAAGUUUCUUAACAAGAGACUUGAACUUCAAUGACAUGAGUCUUGAUAAUAAGUCAUUCAAAGGUGGUAAUGAAAUCUCUCCUCAAGCUGAAAUCACAUCAUGUAGGAUGAAAGAGUUACCAAUAAGUUCAAAUGAAAGUUCUAAAAAGUUGCAAGGAAAUAAUGGAUUUUCAAAUGAGGGAUCAUCUGAUAGAUUUACAAGAGACAAAGAGUCUAAAAAAAGUACAUCAACUAAUGAUCUGGAAUUUGAUAUGGAUAUUGUUGAAGCCUUGUUUGGUACUAUAGACGACUAA